AAAUGAAAUGACAGCAUGAGGAAUGACUGUCAAAAGGCGAUAAACUGAGUGGCUUGUAGCAGUAAACAUUGCACUCUUUCAAAUAACGAUGACUGCUGUGGAAUCUGAGUGGCUUAGACGUCGGAGUGUUAUUCAGAGUUGAACUUCAAGACAGUAGUCAGACCAUUCCAGAGAAAACCAACGUCGGGUAAACACCCAGAGGUUUUGGAGGGACAAAUACGAUCUUUAUAGACCGCUGCAAUGGAGCAGAGCUCUUCUGCCACACCAAUGGGCAAACAGGAGAGUGUGGUUGAGUGUGUGUCCUCACACCGCAGCAGAGGGAGGAAGGAGAGCUGUGGCAGCCGAACCCGAGGCCGCCAGCGACUGUUUCCUCUGCCUGUCCUCCUCCCUCUCUGCAUGCUGCUGUGUGUUUGGGCUCAGGUGGAAGGAGUGGUUCAUUCCAGCUUCCGCAGACUCAGUGGUCGUGAAAAGAAGGAGAUGCAGAAGGAGAUUUUAUCCAUUUUGGGUCUACCCGGCCGGCCCAGACCUCACCCGCCUCUGCGGCCCCCUUCCUCCGCCCCGCUCUUCAUGCUGGACCUUUACCAUGCCGUGUCGUACGAGGCCGAUGAUGGACUGAGUCUGGGCUUCACUCCAGAAGGGGUCAGUCAUGCGGCGCUGCCCACUUUAAGCACACACACGCCACCCCUCGGCACAGUGGUUAGCGAGGCCGACACGGUUAUGAGCUUUGUCAACCUGGUGGAGCAGGAGAAGGAUCUGCUGCAGCCUCGGCCGUACUGGAAGGAGUUCCGCUUCGAUCUCACUCCGCUUCCUCAGGGAGAGACAGUCACCGCUGCUGAGUUUCGCAUCUAUAAAACUCUUACCGUGGGUUGGCGUGCAAACCGCACCCUCCAUAUCUCUGUCUAUGAAAUCCAGAGGGAGAAAAGACACAGGGAGCCUGAGCUGGUGUUGUUGGACAUGCAGUCUGUGCCGGUGGGUCAAGAGGGUUGGCUGGCAUUUGAUGUGACUUCUGCGAGCAAUCGCUGGCUUCUCCACCCUCGGAGCAACUUGGGCAUCCGCCUUUAUGUGGAAACUGAGGAGGACCGGUCGUUGUCAGCCACAUGGGUGGGUCUGGUGGGUCGGCGCGGGCCGCGCUCUAAACAGCCUUUUAUGGUGACGUUCUUCAGAGCCAGUCAAGCCCCUUGCCGCCCACCCCGUGCUUUGAGACACAACAAUCCACGCAAGAAAAAACCCAAGUACGACCUGCCACACCCAAACAGACCCGGCAUAUUUGACCAAAAUCAUGCCAGCAGCGGACGCCAGGCCUGUAAGAAACAUGAACUCUAUGUCAGCUUCAGCGACCUUGGCUGGAAGGACUGGGUUUUGGCCCCUACAGGUUAUUCUGCAUAUUAUUGUGAUGGGGAAUGUGAUUAUCCUCUGGGCUCUUGUAUGAAUGCCACAAACCACGCCAUGAUCCAGCUGCUGGUUCAUCUUCUAAGACCAAAUGAAGUACCCAAAGCCUGCUGCGCUCCAACCAAACUCAGUCCCAUCUCUGUGCUCUUCUAUGACGACAACAACAAUGUUAUUCUCAAGAAACAUCGAAACAUGGUGGUCAAGAAUUGUGGCUGUCUAUAACCUGUUGUACAUUCAAGCUUUAAAUCUGAAACAAAUGUAGAUGUACUAUAAUAUUCAGAGGCACCAUUUGUAAUAUACAGUGAUUCAAAAUUUAUUUAGCCAAAUUUGAGUGUUCUUACCCAUCCCAAAUGAUUGACAAAUGAUAGUUAUUGAAGUGUCAUGAUGGUUUAUCAGCAUAAUUUUCACAAUUUUAUUGUGAGGGGAUUUAAGAUUGGAAUCCAUCCCAUAAUAAUAAUAAUAAUAAUAAUAAUAAAAAUAAAAAUACAUAUUUUGUAUAGCUGUCUUACAUUUAAAUUGUCCAAGUUUUUAAUUUUAUUUAUUUAUUUUUGCAGUCAGUAGUUUGGUGCUAAUUUAAAUGGCCGGUCCUUAAUCAUUUCAUUUAACCCUUUCCUCUCUGGUGUAUUGAUUUCAAAAACAAGUUCAGAACAUGAAUCUUGAGUGUUUUAGCUUUCAAAUGAUGCAUAGUUUAUGAUGAAUGUUUUUAUAAAACAAAGGUAAUUAAAAGUACAGAUAUGCCUAAACACGCUCUUCCGGCCUGGCCCGUGCAGGUUAAGAGGUUAAAAAGCUUCACACAUUAAAGGAAUAGUUCAGCCAAAAAUGAAAUUUCUGUCAUCAAUUACU